UGGUUCGUCAUCCACAACAAUUGGACGCAUCUCAAGCGUUACCUCAUCUCCGUAAAGUAUGUGCAUUUUAUCUUUACAGAUUACGAUGCACACUGCAUCCAGCUCGGCCUGAUGGCUGCUUCCGUUGCAAAGUUGGCCUCCACUGAUUUUGUCAAUCAAGCGAUCAGUGAUAACAGUGAAGCUACUGUCGGGCAGUCGGACCCCGCGCCAAUUAAGCCGCGCUCGGAUGGAUCUGCUCAGCUACCCGAUUCCCAUAGUUGCUUGCCCCCGGUUCCGAACUCCCACUGGUUGUUCGAUUGGCUAGACAGCGUGGUCCUCCAGAGUUUACAGAAGCUUCUGGAUCAUUCCAAAUUUUCCGUGUUAGCUCUCCGUAGCCUUGUCCGUUACCUGGGUUUUCCAACCCGUUUGGCCUGUGCUCUGUACCAUUACCUACCGGAUAUCUGGUUGCAGCUUUCUUUAUCUAGCAACCAGACCUACCCAGUUUCUUUAGAUCAGUAUCUGUGUGCAUUGCGCGACGGUACGUUGAGUACUGCCAAUUGCGAACUUGAUGACUGGGUGAAUUUCGGCUACCUUUCGGAGUUAUUUCAAAAACAGCAGAUCUACCUUCCUCAGCAUCCGGCUCCUCUGAGUCUCACGGCGCAUUUCGCUCAAUCCGGUUCGCCUUGUUUCCCCACCGGUUCCCAGGAGGUUCAUAUAUUGACCGAUUUUCAUCACUGGGUCGUUUCAUUCCCACCAUCCCUUGGACCCAUUGCCCUGCAAACUGUCCCAUUCAAGCGCAGUUUGUCCUCUCCGGUUAAGACCACAGUAACUCCCUCGUCCACACAAACGGGCGUCUUGCAAAGACUUGUGAAACGUGCAGGCACUGUGGCUCGCCCAGCUCGUCCCGCUCAUCCUAACAGUCGCCCAAUCGCUUUGCUGAACACGGCUGCAGUUGAGCAGCUAGUUCGCUCGACAACCACCGUAUCUGCAGACCCAAUGGACUCUCUUACACCUCGUGUGGAUAGUCCUCAGAGACCAACAUCUUCCACCGGCGGUUUGCAUCAAAAUGGACUUGGGUCCGAUCGUCCUCCUACCGCCAACGACCUCCUCACUGACCUGGUCCUUGUGGCAGCUCGAGGAGGGGAAGAGCCACCACCUUUGCCUACGGAAACAGGUUCCGGGAAGGGUGGAUUCUAUGUGACCAAGCAACUUCCGGAACCUACGAGGAUUUCAGAUAUCAAUCCACCGGAAUCCGUCGAGAAAUCCACGAUUGGAUUUGAACGCAAUAAGAUGUAUGCGACGUUUUGUAAGGACGCUUUCCUAUUCUUUUUUCCCCAACAAGACUUCCAACUAAAUAAUGGGUGUACGUCAGCGGAGCAUCAUCACCGAUGUGCUUCCACUGAUGAUGAUGAUGAUGAUGAUGAUGAUGAUGAUGAUGAUGAUGAUGAUGAUGAUGAUGAUGAUGAUGAUGAUGAUGAUGAUGAUGAUGAUGAUGAUGAUGAUGAUGAUGAUGAUGAUGAUGAUGAUGAUGAUGAUGAUGAUGAUGAUGAUGAUGAUGAUGAUGAUGAUGAUGAUGAUGAUGAUGAUGAUGAUGAUGAUGAUGAUGAUGAUGAUGAUGAUGAUGAUGAUGAUGAUGAUGAUGAUGAUGAUGAUGAUGAUGAUGAUGAUGAUGAUGAUGAUGAUGAUGAUGAUGAUGAUGAUGAUGAUGAUGAUGAUGAUGAUGAUGAUGAUGAUGAUGAUGAUGAUGAUGAUGAUGAUGAUGAUGAUGAUGAUGAUGAUGAUGAUGAUGAUGAUGAUGAUGAUGAUGAUGAUGAUGAUGAUGAUGAUGAUGUGCCUCCCCCAGGAACCACAACGUGGGCAGUUACGGCUGUUGGCAGCACGAAAACUUCUUGUCGGAAAUCGAAUGCCCCAACUAACAGUGUGGAAAACGAUAUUUCCUCAACUAGUGGCAUUUCAGAUCAUGGAGAAAAGCCUGUGUCACGCUCUUCGGCAGCUGCGCUGCGCUUGUCCCUAGACCAAAGGCGUCGUACAAUUGAAAUGGGACGUCAGCGUGCUCUGAUUGCCACUAACAAGGCUGCCGCUGAACGACACCAUGCUGCCUUUCAGAGGCUCCUUCAGAAUGAGCAACGACGCCGUGGGAAGAAACCAGACGCGCCGGAAGUCGCUCGAAAUGAGGCCACCUCUGUUGAACCCAAUUCGCAGUGCCAAAAUUUGAUAGCCCCUAGUUCUCCAACAGUAAAUCCAACGUCUGAGGCGGCCGUAGCUUUCGAUCUCAACAAUGGUACCGGUGAGACUACACCUUCCAACCUGGAGCAAGGAACUGAUAUUGAGGAUGAGUUUUCAGUCCAGUCGUGUGAGGCUCAGAAACCAAGCUUCGAUCAGCAAUCUGAAUCAGCUGGUGAUCAGCCUCCGCUUGACGAUCAGACAGGCGAGAAACGCGUAUGUCCAGCUGACGUUUCGCCUAAGACAGCAUCCUCACCUGAACCGAUAGAUUGCACAGAACUAUCGCAGAUAUACCCUGACGAGUCUAUCGCCGACCAACGUAGUUUGCCGGGUCAUAUUCCAUCUGAUUCCAGUCACUCCGGUGGUGAAGCCGCGGACUUCACAGUACCGUCUGUGACGUCUGACCUGGCGAACAGGUCAGAAGCAUGGUUCCAUUCUGCUGCCCCUCGCCAAUUGGUCAAUAAUGUGCGGCGACCACGCCAGUCUACACCGCAUGCGGGAAUGGAUCGCGCAGUUGGAGAUUACUCGACUCGCGAUCCUCCUAUUCGUAGGGUCAAACAUCGUAGUCCCCGUCCUGCCCCUUCAGACGAAUACUCUCAUCUUUAUCCUGUGAAUGUUCAACAGCCUUCCUGUCGUCCUCAUGUCAGACGUUCACACAAAACCUCACAGUCACCAACCCGUCUACGGCACUCUGCACGUUCUGGGCCGCACCGGAACAACGUGACGUCUCAAAGUCUCACUUCUGAGAUGAUACGCCGAGCGGGACGUUUAGAAUGCGCAGAUUUGAUUCGACCUUCACGUCACCAUCAUUUGGCCACCAGUACAACGUAUGACUCACACCAUGGUGGUCAUAUCUGGGAGCCGGAAGCGGAUGAGUAUGCACCUUAUGAGGAGCUGUACGACUACGGCGACGAGGAAGAUGAAGAUGCCUCUGCGUCAGAAAGUGAUGCGGAAGUGGAAGUACGGUCCAACUACUCUCGAGGACGCUGGGAGUCAGACCAGUAUUCGGAACGGUCUAUGCCCAUAUCUCGCGUUUAUCCAACCUACGCACAAAGUCAUCUCCGGACAUCCCUUCACCGACGGCGCACGUCUCCAGUGGAUUUUUCCUCAUCAGGUCGACGUCAUAGGCAGGCUAACAGGCACGAUGCUAAUGCGAUCGCACUGGAACAACUUAAUCGAAAUUUGAUAGGUUUACAGACCGGCCUUGAACGUCUUCUCGCUGCUGGUCCAAACACACCUCCAGCUACUGAGGGCGCACGUCUCGAAGGUCAGCAAGCUUCGGCCCAGCUCACAAGUUCACACACCUCUUUGGCUGGUACAACACGAGCCACCUGGAGUGAACGUCCGAAGCUGCGUGACCUCAGUAAAGGGCGUCUACUUGACUCCAACCUAGAACACGUUGGUCCGAGACUCCCGAUCCACACGUCGGCUGUUGAACAUGAAGAUACAUCUUUCAUAUCGAAUAGUCAAGCAUCGGAAUCACAAGUCCCACAGCCUUCAGCUCCACCCAAGUCCUCGGCCUCUUGCGCCUUUUCCGUUGAUAUGUCCUCCACUUCCUCCGUCGAACCGAAACCAGAAACCGACAGAGCUCCAACUCCCCAUACCGUUCAAUCGUCCAAAGAAGAACCGGCUCCCAAAGGGCCGGAAAAUACGUUGUUCUUCAUUGCAUUUGAUGAGCCGGAUCCGCAGCGCAUGCAACGUAAAUGCGACCAAUUGGAGGCUCGUCGAGCUGCUGAGAAGGCCUUGGUCGCACAGCAGCUGCAGACUCGUCGCAGUCAGGAACGUGAGGUAAAAUUGGCCAUAGAGCAAGCACAACAGGAGCGGAAGGCGAACGAACGAGAAAAACGAGAGGCAAUUUUGCAGGCUUACAAGGAGAAACGAGAUUUUCUUCCGGCGUUGGUUUCCGUUAAGGUGCUCGCUUGGGUCCCAUUCAUGUGGGCUAAAGUUUACGUGAUCCUCAGGCCGUCAUGUCAUAAACCGUACCUUUCAGAAGACGUUGGGUAUUAUGCUGGUGCCACGGAUUCCAACAGUCCGCGACCAUCAGAACUUUAUCCUGUCAGGCCCGGUUCUGCCGCGUUGUCUCGCUCCGAGGCUAAUAUUGCUGCAUCCCCCAGAGAUCGUCGGGCCGGUUCCCAGUCAGUUGCCCCGAACAAGCGUGGUCCCAGACAACCUUCCAGAAACACACGUCCUGCUAAUCCUUCGGAUCGACGUAAAUCGUUAACCAAGUCCUCAACAUCUCUACACUCCUCUUCUGCCGCCCUUCGUGGCAAUGCGGACGGAGAGGCUGUGGAGACCAGCGAUGGAGAUAUUGAAUCUGAUGAGACACAGAAAAAAGGCCGUACAAAUGGUUCACGAUUACCUUCGGGAUUGAGUCUUUCGUCUCUCCAUCGCUUAGGCUGUACUGAUUCCCCAUCCAGUGGACCCGGACUGCAAGUACCGAGUUCCACUCAGCCAAAGCUAUUUGUCAAGCCCAAAGCCAAAUCAAAUCGAAUGGUUAUUGUGAAUGCAAUCGGGCAUGCCUGUUUGGCUGGCGCUGUAAACGAACCGAUGAAACAGGCCACGCUCAAGGAGUUGGCUGCCACUGAAGGUACCCAUUUCAUGAUCCUAUUCCGUGACUCACGGUGUCAAUACCGUGCUGUGUACUCCUUUGACCUUGAAUUGGAAGAACUACGAUUGAUAUGUGGCACAGGUCCGCGGCGAAUCACCCACGAAAUGGCCAAUCGGUUUUUCAACGUGAUGAGUAACGGGGCACGGGAUAUCGAUAAAUUACAGGGAGAAAAUGAAUAUGUUACCCUGUGUUACCCUAUCGUCAUCCUAACCUUGUUCGUUGCCGGUGACUGGCUGCUUUACCUUCAAGUUAUUACUAUUGCUGAUAUGAGGGACCUACGUGUAUCCAGCAUGCAGAAAUUUGUGGUCAACUUCAGUAUUAUGGAACCAUGUGUAAUAAGCUUCUUUUGGCAACUGCGCAUCGGACGCCGCGGUGAAGACGUGAAUGCCUUUGUUAUGCAUGGUGAGAAAGGACCAGAAAACGUCACGAGGAUAGGUGCCAAAAAAUGUUUGGGCAUCUGGGUCUCCUCAAACUUGUCCUGCUCACUGUGUCAUCAGAAAUCGGCCCAAAAGGCAUUCGCCAUUCCAAGGAUGAUCCGGCGCACCUUCUCCCGUAUUACUCGCAUGGACUUCCAAGCGCUCUAUGGGGCCUACGUCAGACCGCACCUGGAAUACGCCAGCCAAGUUGUCUACUCAGGACGCACGAAAGACGUCACCCUCAUUGAUCGUGUCCAGCGAGCCGCCACGAGAAUAGAUGCCGGCCUCAAAUCCGUGGACUGCGAAACGCGCCGCCCGAUGCUUGGUCUCUUUUCCCAUGGAGUACCGCCGCCUCCGAGGGACGUAAUUCUCACUUAUACCCUGUUUGAAGAAAGCUUGGCCAACUGUUCUUUACCGUUGACUCAGCAAACACACGGCUGGGACAUACCUGUGGAACGGGGUUGGACUUACUUUGAAGUCCUUGGUUAUGGUGAACCCACAGUUCAUAUUGAUCCGGCAGACCUGGCGCAGCGUAUGCGUGAGACGCAGAAACGUUUGCAUCCAGAUAAAUUUACGCGUACCACGCCGUACGAACAACAACUGGCUGCCGAUGCCGCGACUUUCGUGAAUCGUGCGUAUGCUAUGUUAGAACGCCCUGAAAGUCGUUUCGCCUACUUUCUGUCCCUGCAUUAUCCCUCAGACGACGCAUCAUCGAACACGGACAUUCUGGAUCCAGGCUUCCUAACUGAAAUGCUCGAGCUCAAUGAAGAGAUUGAAGAAUUUUCAGAAUUGCUUACUGCAGUUAAAGAGAAGAGGUAUGAGGCUUCCAAGUUAUCAGUGUCAUUGAAGGAGUUGCUUCAUAGAAUUUCACGGGACCUGAUGGCAGAGCGUGCGAAACUCGUGGCAGCUCUUGAUGAGGCUAAGUGGAAGGAUGCUCACGCUUUACUCAAUAAG